AUGUACUGCAAGUACCACGGAAUCACGUUGAAUCAUUCGACACCGUACUGGCCGCAAGAGAACGGCCUGGUGGAGCGACAGAACAGAUCUCUCAUAAAACGCCUUCAGAUCAGUGCUGCCUUCGGAAGAGACUGGAAACAGGACCUGCAGGACUAUCUUAUCAUGUACUAUACGACGCCUCAUUCCAUAACCGGGAAAACGCCCACCGAACUAAUGUAUGGCCACACAAUUCGAUCUAAGCUCCCAGCAAUUGGAGAUGUUGAGACGGUUCCGCCACAAACAGAGUUCAGAGAUCGGGACCAACAAUUGAAAGAAAAGGGGAAGGAAAUGGAAGACACUCGUCGUCGUGCAAGGAAGUCUUCAAUAGAGUCAGGGGAUACGGUUCUUAUGCAGAACUUAAAACCUGGAAACAAGCUGCUCACCACCUUCAGCCCAAAACAAUACCUUGUUCUGUCACGGUCUGGCUCACGGGCAACAGUCGAAGACCUCCAGAAUGGCAAAUCAUAUGAUAGGAACGUUGCGCAUCUUAAAAAGAUUGUUCAGCCAGAGAUUGUAUCAGACGGGGUACCUUUCAAUAACAGUGACGAUCAAGAUGAGUUGCAGGCGUCAUCUGAAGAGGAUUUCCAUGGCUUUGAUUCAGAGGUAACGAAUUCCGAGACUAAUUCAUCUGAACCCAUCAUACCUGCUCGCCAGCGCAGAUCAGCCAAGAAACCUAGUCGGUUCAAUGACUACUACAUGUAG